AUGCCAUCACAGUCAAUUCGCGACACUCAACCAAUGAAGAGUGAUAGCUCCAUAGGUGCAAGCAGUAUAUUCGCAAGGAUGGAUGAGACUGAUUCAGACGUUCCAAAUACUGCUUCUCACACUCCUGCAACAGCAUCGUCGCAGUCAUCAUUUCACCAAACGGGAACUGGCGUGUCUAGCACAUCGAUCCAAUUCUUCUCUCCUAGUCCAACGGAUGGUCUGGAUGGGUAUCAAUCAUUAGCUCUGAGGGCACGAGCGCCAGGAGCAUCGCCGUCAUUGAGGUGUGGGAGAAGUUUCAAGGCAUCAGAUGUUCUGUCUAGCGGCAUUUUUCAAAGCAAUAAAAAGCAGAUCAGACUUCCCAUCGGCGAGUGCCCUUGUUCAAUAUUUGUCUCACAAAUACCAAUCACUCCUGCUUUAAUUGCUUCGUCUACUGUGCAAUGUCUCUUAGCGCUGUCCCAGUUCCCUCUGGUACCCACUUCUGCAGUUCCUGCUAGUCACAUCGAGAUGCCAUUGACCGCCUUUGCGGAGUUGGAUAGUCUUGACACUAGCCCACUUUCCGGUACGGGAAUAUUUGCACAGCGUCAACGUGCGGAACGUGCCCUUGAUAUUCCUGGAAGCGUCACUGUCAGCCAAGAGUAUGACCUCCUUGAUUAUGCGAUCGCUGGAGCCCAAGUCGCAAAGUUCAUCGACUUUCCCCUCCUCGAGCUCUUCCACUGGGGAACCGACCUUCCCCGAGACUCCAAAUAUUUUUACUCCAUUAUUCUCCCCCAACUUCCCCUUAGCCAUAAUGGCACUCCAGCUUCCUGGACGCCCUCAGGCGCCUAGGUCGGCGAUCCCUCCGGUACCACAAGAUGGCGCUGGCACAUUGUCUCGGGCGAUGACACUGAGCGUUCCGUCGCGAGGAGAGGGCUCAGCAGGAGAUGAUAGUUCUGCUGCCCCUAGCAGGCCUGUAUCUAUCGAAUGACCUAUGAGGUCAACACCUCCGCCUGAACCUGUCCCUCCUGAGAUCACUUCUGAAGUUGCACCCAUUUCAGUAUCCCCAGGACAGCAGACCCAUACAACUGACCAGAAGAUUGAUAUUACGAUACCGCCACAAUCAUCCCCUGUUGAUCCCGUAAUAUGCUCCGCAC